AAACGGGACAGCAAAAAUCGGCAGUAGCAUGGGUAGAAGAUGCUUUUCUGCUCAUUGCUUGCACCAGAUGCUUCAGGUGAAAUCGCAACCCUGCCUGAGACUGGACUGGAUAAUAAGCUGGAAGAAUAAUUAAGCUCACUAUCCACAUGACCAUCGUUGAAGGUCAUACCAACAGCGCUCAAACAGUCAAUUUUAAUGAAAUGUACAAGUGUGGUUGGUUUUCUUGUAUCGAAAAGUGGACACAACAGGGAGGAUUUUUCUUCUUUUUUUGGCAUUGCUCAAAUGCUCCAAUAAAUGUACGUUGGAUGUGCAAAAUUGCUGGAAAAUUGCCAACCACGAGAUAAUACACAACGCGUGUGGCUCACAAAGCGAUCGAUUUUACAGCCGGAUCCGGGCCCGGGAAGGUUGCCGUUAAGCCGUCGCCGAACAACGCCGCCUCCCCGCGCGAACAGUUGGCCCAGAGCAGGAGAAUGUGGCUCGCGCGCCCCAAUAAAAAAAAAAAAACCCAACGAACCGUGGGCGUGUUUGCUUGGAGGCGCCGAUCAUGUCCUUGCAUCAGGCCCCCAGUAGCUGUUAACAUCUUGUUUGUUUUCCUACCUUCGUAUCGUUUUAGGAAAGUUAGUGCACAGCGAAUAGCAAAAAAAAAAAAAAACAUGGUCCACGGCGCACGCACCUCGGCAUUGCGGGCCGCUCAAAGUGCGCCUCACACAUUCCUGAUUGGCGGGAACCGAAACGAAACGAAUCGGUAUCGUUUUCUCCGCCAGGCAACAUGUAGCGAAUGCACCAUCACCAACGCGUGCCCGACAGCGUUUGCCGUGUCUAUUGGAUUAAGGGCUGGCGCCCGAUGCCAUGUUUUGCACGGCCCGUUCCGCGCCACGGGGAAGCCACGCUGGUCAAACGCAUCGCAACCCACCAGGAAAAGGGCUGCAGAACAAAGUACACAAGCGCAAACCUGUUAACGGCGAAUGCGGACGGCUUGCUCGAACAUCCAAGCGGUCCUAAGUGUGCCGUAUCGUAUCAUUAGAUAACAGUUUUACGCACGCGUACGGAGAGCCGAUGGAUUAGAAGUAGUAGUAGUAGUAGCCCGCUUUCCGCCGCUACAAAUGCGGCAAAGGGUGCUUGAGGUAGCUUUGUUUUUUUUUCUGUUUUUGCUUGGCAGGCACAUUAAUCACCCCUUUGGAAAGACGGUGGAUGGGCAAGGCUUUAGGGAUUGGCAGCGCCACCGGUUUUACACAAUGCAAAGGUGCCAUAUGGUGCGCUCCAAACGGGGCUAAGAGCAUCGUUAGGGUUAACGUGUUACGCAAAAGGAAGAUAAAAAUUUAGUUUUCACAGAGAGAGAGAGAGAAGAGAGAGAAAAACUAUCCAUACUUCAAAUUCAUUAUAAUUCGCGACGAUCUAAUUGUAGCUAACGAACCAUCAAUGGAUCAUCAAUAAGGCCAUCCGGUGAACAGCUUUAGGUCUGAUCCGGUCCCACUUCAAAGCAAGAUUGACACCAACUCGAACGGCUCACACCGGUGCCACGCCGGGUAACGCAUCGCGUGAAACACACACACACCAAAGCGCAGUGAAUCGUUUGCCUACCGAAUUCUCCAUACCGUUUCCCAUUCCGGAUGCAGGACGGCUGCAAACACUGCUUAUGAUCGGUUGCAUGCACGAAGCGAACGACGCGCCGUGUCCUACAUGCGGCACCUACUUACUUAACCCACUCAGUAAGUCAGCAGUGUCGGGCACAUCGUCGUCCUCGUCGUCGGAGGACGAAUCCACCACGAUGGACGAUAGCACCACCACGUUCGCGGGACCGUCCGCCCGUUCCUCCUAUCCGACAGCCAGCACGCCCGCCCAGGACUCGACGGCGAACAGCUCGGGCAGCAUCGUCGAGGAGAACGCGGUGCUGCUGGAGGAAAACCGAAAGCUCACCCGCAGCCUGCUCGAGCUGCAAGUGGAAACGGAGCGGCUGAAGCAGCAGCAGAACCUCCUGUCCGGGCUGGGCCGGCGCCGGGACAGCCUGAGCGGGCUGAGCUCGACCAGCCAGCCGCUCGGCAGCAUGGGCCAGAACAGUCCCGCCCCAUCGUACCGGUCGACGGGAAACUACACCUCCGGCAUCGUCGCGGACGUGGUGCGGGAGAUACGCGACAUCUGCCGGGUGCGGGAGGACGCCACGUUCGAGCGGUUGCGCAACCUGCAGGAAAACCACAUGUGGUCGAUCAACGACACGCUGCAGCGCCUCGCCAAGGACGUCGACACGAUGCAGAAGUCGGUCAGUGCGGCCCGGCACGACCUGGAGAAGCUGACGAGCCGGGUGCUGCAGCUGGAGAGUAUCGUGCUGCCGCAGGCGGCCGUCUGUCUGGCGGCCGGCGCCCAGCACAACCACCCGCUGCCACUCGCGCCGAUGCCCCUGUUCGGGGGCAACGUGCAGCAGGCCCUGCUGCUGCAGCAACUUCAGCAAUCAAAUGCGAACCAGCAACAGCAGCAGCAGCAGCAGCAGCAGCAGCAACAGCAACAGCAACAUUCCCCCCAGACGGUACCCGUCAGCUCCGGCCAGCAGUUCCACGGGUUUGGCAUGAGCGAACGGGGGCCGGCGGGCAGUGCCGGUGGCGCGUCGAUCGGCAGCCAGAGCAACGGUGUGAGUAAGCCGGGCAACGGGGGGCUGCCCUCGAUGCUGCGGCUCAACUAUGGUCGGAUCGCCACCACCGAGGACCUGUUCGGUGGCGACUCGGUUACGGUCGAGCUGGGCAACGGCAACAACACGAGCGGCGGCGGCGGCGGCAGCAGCAGCAACAGCACAGUCGCCUCCGUCCACGAGUCUUCCUCGCGCGUGCUGCUGCUGGAGAAGGGCGAGGUGGAGCUGCGACGGGACCUGCAGGACGCGAUAGCGGCCAAGAACGAACAGUCGAAAAAGAUUGCCUACCUGCAGAAGGUAGUGAUGGCGCUGCAGAAAAAGGUCGACCUGCAGGGGACGGACACGCCGAGUCUGGGCGGCAGCGGUAGCAGCAGCGGCAACGCCACCAGCAACAACGGCAGCAGCGGCGGCGGCGGCGGCAUUGGCGUGAUCGGCCCGGUCACCGACUUGUAGAUACUGUGCCAUACAUUUACAUCCUCCCCCCUUUUUCCCGUGCAUAUUUAUAACCGCAUAGAUCCUCAGCGUCCUAGGGCCAAACUGGUUAGGGGUUUACAACCCGCCAGCAGCUGAAAUAGAGGCCUUCAAAGCGAAACUUCUCACGCAGUACCAGUUAGGUUAGGUUUGCAUGGCCCCCAAGGGCCCCAUGGAGGAGGAGUGAGCGAACCACCAAAUUCCAAUCUCUGCCGGGUGGAGAGCAGUAGGCCUGUGCGCCCCAAACUGCGACCGAGAACAGAAUCAGAAUAUUCCACGAAUUAAUAAGUUAACACUCUUACGGGUAAACAAGAGACACGAGCAAAAGAA